AUGGCAUUGGGGAUAAUAAACAGACUUAAAGUGAAAGGUGAGGACACAUGCCAACCCACCGAUCUCCUCAUCAAUGGCCAAUGCCUACCCGUGGUGGCCGAUUUAUAUGUAGACGAAGAUGAUGAUGUGCAAAUGAAAUUUGCCAAAUUUGAUGAAGAUGCAGAUCGUGAUGUAGAUAUUACAACGGAAAAUAUUUUCAUUGGUUAUAAUUUUGGAAAUAUCGGAGGGGAAGAAAGUUCUCAAUUUUAUUCUACUACGAUGGAAUUUUUGAAUACCGAUGGAAAAAAUGACUUUCCGGAUGCAACAUCAACUGUUAGGCCUUUGGAUCCUGAAAGCCUAGACCCUAGAUCAGCGAAAGAAACCUCAAAUUCUAAGCCAACAAUAAAUCCCAAAAUUGAAAACGAUUAUGAGACGAGAAUAACCACUCCUUCAGAAGAGGAAAAUCGGAAUGACACUACCACCGACAUCUCAGAAAUCAUCGACAAUGUUGAAAUAAUUUCGGAAAAUGAAACCGAUGAAAUGUGGAACUUGAGCCAUGAAUCUCAGAAAACCCGCGAUAAAUUUAGUGUUCGCGAUACAACAACAACAACGUCCAGUCCUUCGGAUCACGAAGAAGGAACUAUCUCAAACAUUGAUGAAAGACAAGGCUCUAGACAGAAUGGAGCUAGUGAAAAUGCCCUCGACAAUAUUGCAAUUCUUGCGGCGGAUUCUCAGGGUACAACAUCAACAAGCAGGCCAUUAAAUCCUAAGCAAGAUGCAAAUGAAUCAUCAUCAGAAGUAUCAGCUAGAGAAAGCUCAAGUUCUGCAACAACAACAUUAAGUCCUGAAAUUGCAAAGGAAUAUGGAUCGAAAACAUCACAAGAAGAACAGGAUAAGCUGAGCGAAAAUACCAUUUAUUUAGGGAAGGAAAAUCUGAAUGAAACAUCCACUGAAACCACAGAUUCCUCAGACAUUGAAAUACGACCUGAAGACCAAACUAGCGAAUUUUUAAAGCAGCCCAAAGAAUCUCAAGAAAACUCCACUAUAUUUAAUGUUCCGGAUACACCAUCAACGUCGAAUCCUUUGGGUUCCGAACAAGAAACAGCAGACGCCAGGGAAAAGGAAGCUGUGGAAGAUUUCCUCGACGGACAACCGAUAAGUUCCAAAGAAAAUAAUACGGAAGAAAAACUUGAGAUUCCUUCAGAUGUAAAAGAUUUCAAUUCAGAGACCAGUGAUACCUCAGAUUCCUCAGACAUAGACGAAGAUGUUGAAAUAAUAUCUAAAGAUCCAUACCGAUUUGUUGGCAGCCAAAUGAAAAUGUCACAGGAGUCACAAGAAUCUCCGAAAACCUCAUCAACUGCCAGUACAUUGGACACCGAACAAGAAACAACCUUUCAUUUUAAUGAAAUACCAGACGCUGCGGAGAAGGAGGCUGCGGAAAAUCCUCUCGACGAUAAUGGACAUUUUGUGGUUGAAAAUGAACAAGAAAGUUUCGAUGAACAGAACAUGGGAGGGGAAAUUGAGUCUCAGGAUACAACAUCAAGGACCAUACCAUUGGCUCUUGAGAAAGAUGCAAAUAAAACCCUGGAAUCAUCAGCCGCAGAAACAACAAGUUCCGAAACAACAAUAAAUACCGAAAUUGAAAACGAUUUUGGGUCGAGAACAACUACCGGAGAACUGGAUACAUUUAGCGGGAUCACCACUUCUUCAGAACAGGAAAACCUAAGUGAAACAGCCGGGGAAGGCCAGGAAACCUACAAAAUGUUGAAGGUUCAGGAUACACAAUCAACUUCCAGUACUAUCGAUCUCGAAGAAGAAACAACUUUAGCCUUCAAUGAAAUACCAGACGCUAGGGAGAAGGGGGCUGCGGAAAAUCAUAUUAACAGUAGUGAAACUCUAGAGUCAUCUGCAGUGGAAAUCUCAAGACCUGAAACAACAAUAAGCCUAGAAAUUGCAAAAGAUCUGAAUGAAACAGCUACCGAGAUCUCAGAUUCCUCAGACACUGAGAUACGAUCUAAAGACCAAACCAACGAAACUUCAAAGCAAACCAAGGAAUCUCAGGAAAUCUCUGAUAUAUUUAAUGUUCCGGAUACACCAUCAGCUUCCAGUCCUUUGGAUCUCGGAGAAGAAACACCAUACGCUAGGGAGACGGAGGCAGCGAAAAAUUCUCUCGACAAUAAUGAAACUUUUGGGGUUGUAGAACAACAAAUAAGUUCCGAGGAAAAUUAUAAGGAUGAAAAACUCGAUAUACCUUCAGAUGUAAAAGAUGUCAAUGGAGAGAUCAGUGGUACAUCAAAAUCCUCAGACAUCAGCGAAGAUGUGGAAAUAAUAUCUAAAAACCCAUCGGGGUCUGUUGGUGGCCAAAUAAAGAUGGCAAAGGAGUCUGAAGAAACCCAGGAAAACUCUGAUAAAUUUAAUAUUCCCGAUGCACCACCAACUUCCAGUCCAUGGGAUAACGAACAAGGAAAAACUACAAUCCUUCAUGAAACUCAAGACGCUGAGGACAAGAAAGCUGUGGAAGAUUUCCUUGACAAUAGCAAAUCUGUUGCCACUGAAAAUCAACAAAUAAGUUCCGAGGAAACCAAUGCGGAAGAAAAAAUUGAGCUUCAGUAUUUAUUAUCAACUAACAGACCUUUUGAUCCCGACAAAGAUGCAAAUAAUACCCUACAAUCUUCAGCCGGAGAAACCUCAAGUUCCGAAACAACAAUAAGCCUCGAGAUCUCAAACGAAUAUGAGUCUAGAACAACAACCGCAGAACUGGAUACAUUUAGCGGAAUCACAACUUUAUCAGAACAGAAUAAUCGAAGUGAAGCAGCCAAUGAGACCUCAGAUUCCUCAGACAAAGGAUCAUAUAUUGUAUUACAAUCUGAAGACCAAAGCAGCGAAACGUCCAAGCAGUCCCAAGAAUCUCUGGAAUCUUCCGAUACAGGUUAUGUUCCAGAUACACCAUCAACUUCCAGUCCAUUGGUUAGCGAACAAGAAGUGCCAGAUGCCAGGGUGAAGGAAGCUGUGGAAGGUUUCGUCGAGAGUAGAGAAACAUUUGGGGUUGUAGAGCAACAGACAAGUUCCGCGGAAAAUAUUGCCGAUGAAAACAUUGAGUUCUCUUCAGACGUAAAAGUGUCCAACAGAGAGACCAGCGGCACUUCAGAAUCCUCAGACAUCGCCGAAGAUGUUGAAAUAAUAUCGAAAACCCCAUCCAAAUAUAUUGGUAGCCAAAUGAAGAUGACAAAAGAGUAUCAAGAUACUUCGAAAACCUCGAAUAACAUCAUCGAUAACAUCGAUGCAACAUCAACCUCCAAUCCAUUGGAUAACGAAGAAGGAUCAACUCCAGAUGCUAGGGAGAAGGGAGCUAUGGAAACUUCCCUUGACAAUAUUGAAACUGUUGCCGCUGAAAAUCAACAAAUAAGUUCCGAGGAAAAUAAUUCGGAAGAAAAAAUUGAGCAGCAGGAUGCAACAUCAACUACUAAGCCUUUGGAUCCUGAGGAAGAUGCAAAUAAAAUCCCAGAAUCAUCAGUCAGAGAAACCGCAAAUUCUGAAAUAACAAUAAGUCCUGAAAUCGCAAAGGAAUAUACCUCGAGAAAAACAGCCAGGGAACAGGACACAUUUAGCGGAAUCAGCAAUCUUUCAGAAGAAGAAAAUCUAAAGGAUGCAACUACUGAGACCUCCGAUUCCUCAGACAAAGGUAAAGAUGUUGCAAUAGUAUCAGCAGACCAAACUGGUAAAAUGUCGAAGCAACCGCACGAAUCUCAGGAAACCUUAAAUAAACUUGUGGUUCCGCAUACAACAUCAACUUUCAGUCCAAUAGAUAACGAAGAAGGAACAACCUUUUUCUUUGAUGAAAAUCAAGACGUCGGGAAGACAGAUGAUGUGGUAAAUCCUGUUGACGAUAGUGAACAUUUUGAUGUCGGAAAACAUCAAAUAACUGCCGAGGAAAAUGAUACGGAUGAAGGAAUUGAGAUUCCUUCAGAUGUAAAAGAUUUCAAUACAGAAACGUCUGAUACAUCCGAUUCCUCAGACAUUUUGGAAGAUGUCGAAAUAAUAUCCAAAAACCCAACCGACUUUGUGGGAAGCCAAGUGAAGAUGCCAAAGAAAACCCAAGAAACUCUGAAAAGCUCUGAUAAAUUGAAUUUUCAUGAUACAGCAUCAAUUUCCAAUCGAUUAGAUCGAGAGGAGGAAGUAACCUCAUUAUCUGCUGAAGAGCAAAAUACUUUGAAGAAGGCAUCAAAGGAAAUAUCCCUUGACAGCAACCGAAUUUUUGAGGAUUCAAAUAGUAAUAACGAUGUUGAUAUUCGGUAUUCAACAUCAUCCGCAAGUCCAUUGAAUGCCGAACAAGAAACCACUCCAGACUUCGAGAAAGUGAUAGUCACUGGCAAGAGAACCGAGUCAAAUUCCUUACACAACCACAAUCCAAUCCCUGGCAGCGGUAAUCCACAAUUAAUCUCCAAUAAAACUAAUGGUGAAGACGUGCUUAGGGUCCAUCAAAGCACAUCAACUUCAAGUCCAUUGGAUCUGCUAGGGCAAGAUUUGCAGGCAUCGUCUGGAGAAAUCUUGAACGCAUUAAAAAAUAAGGAGCCUUUAUUUAAUGGCAGAGCGUUCUCUUCGGAUAUGGAAGAAUGGGUGACUACUUGGGCGCCACAAAUAUUUUCAAAGGAAAUGACUAUGUCGGCAGAUAAUGAAAAGAAUGAACCAAUUUCUGAGGCGGGAUAUUCAACUGAAGGUAAUACGCUCAAGGAUUAUAAUGUGCCAGGUUCGGAGGCAAUUAUUGGAAAAUCAUCUUCCCAAAAGGAAUCUGAAAAUAUUGAAGCCGAUUUUGCUCUCCGAUCAGAUUUCUCUUCGGAAUCUUUUAUUAGUGAUGGCAAAGAUGUUAUCAGCUCCGAUCCACACCGGCUCAAUAGAAAAAUGAUUACAACAGUUGUUCCAAAUUUAAACAAAAAUACUACGGAUACUCCUAAAAGUAUGCAGCAGGCAAGUGUGGAGUCUAGGGUGACAUCUACAUCGGGGAAAUCUCAAUCAACGGAUAAUGAUCAUACACAUAGAAGCUCUCAAAAAAUACACAAUGAAAUAAUUCCGGUAGAAACCUCAGAUAAGAUUAGAACUUCGGAAACGAUGGCUAAAGAAAAGGCAGAGGAAGAUGACAACGGAAAAAUUCCGAAAGGACCAGUUGAAAUUCCGAAGGGCAAUGAAAUUGAUGAAGACGUUAACAGCUCUGAAAUUAUUUCCAAUGAAGAUACUCUGCAAGAGAGUGGAGAAGUUCUAAUUUCCACAACAUUUAAUAACAUUAGGGAGAAUAACGUCGAGACCUCCGAUAAAACUCUCAAGCAAGUGGAUUCUUUUGUAGAACACGAUAUUCUAAAAACGGCUGAUGAUUCUCAAAGUGAUAACGCUACGGUGAGUUACCUUGAGCGCUCUGGAGAAACUCCCAGGCAAUUGGAAUCACUUCUAGACACAAAAUAUGAAAUUCCGGAAGACGACAAUGAUCUUCAAAAUCCGCAAACCACUACAACACCCACGCUAAGUGGUAAUUCUGCAGUGACGAAUAGCCCCCUACCACAACAAGUGGAAAAAACAUUGCUGACGAAGCAACCUGUAAGAGGAGACAUCUCCGCCGUGGAAAUUAAUAUAUCUCGUUCCGAAGCAACAUCUGAUGAUUCUGAAAGUGAAAACGCCACGGUGAAUUCUCUUGAGGGCUCUGGAGAAAUUCCCAAGCAAUUGGAAUCACUUCUAGACACAAAAUAUGAAAUUCCGGAAGACGACAAUGAUCUUCAAAAUUCGCAAACCAUUAAAACUCCAACGACAGGUGGUAAUUCGGGAGUGACAAAUAGCCCCAUACCGCAACCUGUGGAAGAUACAUUGGAACCUGAGCAAAAUUUAAGUGGUGGCAUCUCCAAAGAAGUUCCUCUGGUAGAGUCUUUCUCUGAAAACCAAGUUCCUUGGGUAGAGUCUUCAACUACCAAGGAAAUAGAAAAUAUCGGAGUAGGAGACGAUUUUACUUCAAACCCACCAACUAAAUCUCAUGACUCCGUGGAGUCAUCAGCGAAGACCCUGAACGAAGCAUUCAAGGAAAAUAAUAUCACCAAAGAAGAGUAUCUAUCACGCGGAUCUGCUAGUCAAACGGAUAACCAACAGAUCAGAUUAAACCCGAUGCUUGAAGAGGAAAAUAAAGUCAGUAUAGAUUCCUUGACUACAGAAAUUCCGAUCUUUGAUGCUGCGUCCUAUGAAAUCGUUAUGAAAUCCACAAAUCAGUCCCAUAUUUUGAAUAAGAACAAUGACGAACAAGUCAAGAUAACUGAGGUAACAACUGAUAAAAUCGUGGCGUCUUCUUCCACAGAAUAUUUUAAACUUGAACCUCCAAAGUCUGAAAACUCUGAAAGUCUACAAAAUUUCAAGAAUGAGAAUGGGGUAGAGGGGCUCACAGUUCUGGAACGUAAAGACUUCGACGGAGUUUCUGCGUAUACAGACAUCUCCGAGGAUUCUACGGAUAUUUUGACUGUAGACACUGAAGGAAAUAUAAGGACAACUGAGGCGAACCGUGAGAAAAUCGUGACCUUAAUUAGUACAACUUCCAUAGAAUAUGAUUUCAUGUCUUCCACAGAAAAUUCUGGCCCUAGACCACACACGAAGAACACUGAAAGUCUAGGACAUUUGAAGGAUGAAAAUGGAUUCGAGCUACUCGCAACUUUGGAAUCUAAAAACUUCGAAAGAUUUACCGAAGACUUCUCCACGGAAUCUACGGAUCAGACUACAAUUUUGAAUGUGAAUAAUGAAGGAAAUGUCUGGACAAAUGAGGAAAUCGAGGACUCAAUUACUCCGACUACCAUAGAAAAUGUUCCGGUAUUUGUUAAUUAUCCUGACUAUGGACCACACACGAAGAACUCUGAAAUUAUACGUAAUUGGAAUGGGGAGAAUGAUGAUGAUGUCACCGAGGAAUCCACGGGUCAACAUAGCUUUUUGAAUGUGGACAAUGAAGGUCAUGCCAGGACAACUGAGACGAAAACGGACUUCAACGAGGGUUCAAUUACCGCAGAAGAGAGGCCUCCUGCUUCAACAGAAAAUACGCAAUUAUUAGACAAAUAUCCUGACCAUGGAUCAUUCAAUGAAGUUUCUGAAAUGGGAGAACCUGACAUAUCUGACGAUUCUGCAGACGAAAUUUCUUUCAAUAAUUCCGAAGGUAAUUCAAUUUAUUCUCAAGUGAAUUCAAAUGUCGAGAAGUUAAGCACAACUCCACAGAGCUUUAAUACUUCUUCCGGAGAACUUGAAAUUGCGGCUACGAAGUUAUCUUCGAGUACCAGUGAAUACAACAUCGGACCUUAUGAAACCACAGCGAUUUAUGAUGAUUCGGAAUCGUCCACUAUUCUUAGUAUUGUUCCCAAUAUUAAAAAUUCAGGUCAUAUCAUUGAGAGUCUUCAAAAUACUCCCAAAGAGUUUGAGGAAAUUUAUUCUACCUCUACCAUUGAAUACAACUCUGGUCAGGAUGAAACCUCGGCGAGAAAAAUUAAUUUAAAAUUCCCUACUACCAUCAAAUACAACUCUGUAAUGGAUCAUAACCUCGCUAAAGAAUCAACUGUACGCCUUAUGGACUCUGAGACCACUACAACAUCGAAUUUAAUUCCAAUACAUAAAACUUCUCUCAAUGAACUUGAGAAUAAUUUCAAGGAACCGAAAUCUCCGACUAUCAUAAAAUACAACUCUAUGGAGAGUACCACAACUUUAAAAUACAACUCUGUAACGGAUAUUAACCCGGCUAAAGAAUCAACUAUGCAUGUCGAUGACUUUGAAAACUCUGCAUCACCCAAUUUAAUUCCGACGCAUAAAAAUUCUCUCAGCGAACUUGAAAAUACCUCCAAGGAACCGAAAACCCCGACUUUGACAAAGUACAACUCUGUAGAGAGUACCACUACCACUAGUACCAUAAAACACAAUUCUGUAUUGAAUCAGAGCCUGUCUAAAGAUUCAACGGAGCUAGUGACGGACUCUGAACCCGCCACUACCUCUAGCAAUUUAAUGCCCAUACAAAAAACAGCACCCAAGGAGCUUGGAAAUACGCCGAAUGAAACGAAGUCAGAUGCCAAACAAAAAUACAACCCUGAAUCGGAUGAUACCACAGUGGGGUAUAUGGAUACUGAACCCCCAACCACCGUUAAUAUAAUUCCCAAUGGUAAAAAAUCCAAAGAAAGAAAACAGCUUCUUGACGAAGAAGAAACAAUCUUCAAAGAAAGUGGAUCCAAAGAACCUACUACCACAAAAUACAACCCUGUACGGGAUACAAAGGGUAGCCAUCCAACAAAAUUAAGCACGAUUUUGUUAACAACACAAACAACAACAACUCCAAUACCAGCUAGAAAAUCUCAACACAUUCCCAAGAAACGUAGAAGACCAAUUAUCACUCCCCCAACUACAACUCCUUCUACGCCACAUCCUCCACCACCACCGCCACCACCCUCAAUGCCCGAUAAUACCAACAACAAUGAAAUUACCAACUCUUCGGUUAAAAUAAAUAUUUCCAUAAUGAUUGCUGGCGGG